UACUACCUAACCCAACUCACAUCAAUUCUACCCCCAACAAGCCAUGGCUUUCCGCAGUACCGCAGAGGAAAUGGAACGUCUCCAACUCUCCGAUGAAGAUACCGAGGACCUCUGGAAUUCCCCUUCCAAACACGGUAGUAGGAAAUUGAACCAAGUACUCAUUAAAGAAGAGAGCACUACACCGCCGCCCAGAUCUUCUCACGAUGCCGAGACCCUUUACGACCGUCAAGAGGUUCGAGAGGCGGCUUUGCGGAACGAGCUACAAAGUGUCCGGAACAUUAAUCAGGUGAUCGAAGGCCUUUUGAGUAGCCUGGACCGGGCAAAGGGCAAUAUGGAUACCGUUUCACGUACUGUUGACUCUGCGUCAACGUUACUGAACACUUGGACGCGGAUUCUAUCCCAAACAGAGCAUAACCAGCGAUUGAUUCUCAAUCCAAAUUGGCAAGGUGCUGUUCAAGACGUCGCCGAUUCGGAGAACGAAGAGCGCCUCAAGCAACAAGCGGCGGAAAGACGCGAGAGAGAGCUACAAGAACAAAGGGAGGCAGCGGCCCGUAAAGCCGAGGAAGCAGAGAAGAGAAGAGCGCAGGCCCCUGCGACUCGAGGCACGCGUGGAAGAGUCCGCAGCAGCGGUUUAGGAAGAACUCCUAGUGUCUCCUACUCGAGAACCAAUCCGAGUACGACAAGGACUACUGCCUCCACGACAAGGGAAUCUUCAACCACAACCACACGAAGACCGGUUAGUGGGAUCGCCCGAGGCCCUAGUGUUACGCGCGGCCGGGGUAGAACCUGAAGGGUAUUGGAUACGUGACAAUGUAUAUUAUGAGGGGAAAUGAGGUAAACUGUUACAAUAUGAUACCCAAGAGUAUUGGAAGGACUUACCUUCCCGAUUUUAGCCGUCU